AGGCGGCGAGGGUUGGCGGCGUCUCAAUCUCCGCCAAGAAGGUCUAGAAAAAGUACCAACCGUACUGGUCCUUCUUCCGCACCCCAUUCCAGAUCAAAACAGCCAAGAAAGUCCCCGCCAUCGUCGACACUUUAUACAACUUUGUCGGCGACAUCUAUGAAUGGGGUUGGGCCCAAUCAUUCCACUUCUCCCCUUCGUUGUCGGGGAAAUCCCACUCGCAACGCCACCCGAUUAGUUCAAAAAUCAAGCCCGAAAGUCGAAUCCUCAAUGUUGGGUGCGGGGUCGGAGACCAGGUGA